UGAUCGAACGCCUGAUCGCACCGGCGUGAAGUUGUGCGCUGGUUGGUCGGCUCACGCGCCGUAAAUUCACCAAGUUCACGUUGCACGAGUCUGGCAUGGUCUAGCACCUAGCACCUCGUGUUACACCACGUUAAUCACGUUUACGAGAGAGUCACGAUUUGGCGCGAGGAGACAACAUGGCGCAUCGAUGGUGAUCGAACAAGGCUAGGACGAGAACCAUCGAGGAUGUCGAUAGCAUUCCGGGAGACUGAUAGCGACCAUGUCGACGAUCUCAGGCUUCGCGCCGGAACUGACAGUUUUCCGAGCAUCAACGAGAGGCCGGUCGACGACAUCUCCCUCGAGUUCUUUUACAAACCGCACACGAUUACCCUAUUGCUCAUCUCCAUUGGCGCCGUCAUCUACUCGGCGUUCACCAGAAAUACCACCAAUGUUGAAGACAACAUGUGGGCAGGCAUGUUAUGCGUCAUUUUCUUCUUCCUCAUCAUAUCUGUCUUAACCUUCCCCAAUGGUCCAUUCACCAGACCUCAUCCAGUAGUAUGGAGGAUAGUGUUUGGCUGCAGUGUUCUCUAUCUGAUGGGUCUCCUGUUUAUGUUAUUCCAAAAUUAUAAGACAGUCAGGAGAAUUCUGGUAUGGGUGGAUCCAGGUUUAGCAUCCUUCCACAUUGACAUGGACAAGGAAUAUGGUGUUAAUUGCUCAGAUAUCACCGUAGAAAAAAUUUGGAAUCACUUGGAUGUAUUUGCACUGGCUCAUUUUCUUGGCUGGGCCUUCAAAGCUAUUUUGAUUCGUCAUCUUGGCAUCCUUUGGGCCAUUAGCGUUAUGUGGGAGGUGACAGAAAUCGCCUUUGCACACUUACUACCGAAUUUUAUCGAAUGCUGGUGGGAUGCACUGAUUCUAGAUGUUCUUAUAUGCAAUGGAUUGGGUAUUUGGGUCGGCCUGAAAAUUUGUUCCAUAUUAGAGAUGCGAGAAUAUAAAUGGGUUAGUAUCCGUGACAUCGAGAGUACUACUGGAAAAUUGAAGAGAGCAAUGUUGCAAUUUACUCCUGGAAGCUGGACAUCCGUUAGAUGGCUAGAUCCUACUUGCACACAUAUGCGAUUAGUCGCAUUGUGCCAAUUAGUGAUAUUUUGGCAAGUUUCUGAGCUCAAUACCUUCUUUUUGAAGCAUGUGUACGAGUUUCCGCCAUCUCAUCCCUUUGUUGUAGCCAGAUUAGUGCUGAUCGGUGUCAUAGUCGCACCAUCAGUCAGACAGUAUUAUAUGUAUGUGACUGACCCAACAUGUAGUCGAGUAGGAACUCAGUGUUGGGUCUAUGGGGCGAUCAUGGUGACUGAAGCUCUGCUGUGUAUACGUCAUGGUGCAGCUCUAUUUGAGCGCACUCAAGCUCUUAAUAUCCUCCUUUGGCUGCUCUGCCAAUCUCUAGUCUCUGUUCUUUGUGUUUAUGGCUGUGUCUUGUGGCAUCAAUACUUUGAGACGGGAAAGAAAGCCACUAUAAGGCGGUCCGUCUCCCAUCUAGGCAACUUUAACACAAACGUAAGCGGGAACAUGGUUCGCCGUACGAAAUCUGUGGAGGAAUUGGAUAAAAAGCAACUAUGAAGGAAAACUAAAAAGGAACGCUCGACGUGUCGCCAGCAGAAGAUAAUCGAAGGAGAGUUCGUCGUUUAUCAAGGACCAAUCGAUGAUACCAUAAGGAAUCACGACAAGAUUCAGGCCGUAAAUCGCUUGCGCCUUCGACUGGAAUGGCGUCGCAUAAUACGUCCAACUACGUGAUUUAUAGAA